UUUCUAGUUGGUAUUACUAAUACCGGUACUAAUAUAUGUUGGGAUAACUUUUCCAAAUGACCAUCUUGCCCCUUAACCUGUUUCAUAUAUACGUCUGUUCCAGAAAUUUCUUUCUCAUCUUCACUUCUCCCACCAGAGCUUUGGGCACUCAGCUAUGGGAGUGGGAGAUUGAUACUCCAAGAAAUCCAACAUAUUGAUACUCCAAGAAAUCCAUCUCUCUUUGGUCAAGAUCAUAUUGACAGAAUGAGUAAUCACACAUCAUCUUCUAACCAAGCAUCAAAAAGGUUGAGCCGAGCAACACCUCAGAGCCGAAGGUCAUGGACACUAGAAGAAGAACGCACUCUUAUUGAUGGUUUAAAGGAUUUGUGUGUCAAGGGUUGGAAAGCGGAUAAUGGCACCUUUAGGCCCGGAUACAUGACGGAAUUGGAGCUUUAUUUAAACAAAAUCCAUCCUAACUGUGGAUUGAAAUCUCAACCACAUAUUAAUUCUAAAAUGAAAACAUGGAAGAAGGAUUACGGGACUAUAGCUUUAUUAAAAAGUCGUAGUGGUUUGGGCUUUCAAUAUGGUGAAGGAAGAAUUAUAGUUGAUGAUCCAAGCAAAUGGGAUGAGUUUGUUAAGGCUGAUCCAAAUGCCAAAGGAAUGCAAAACAAGACAUGGCCAUUGUUCGAGGAUUGGGAAGAAAUAUUUGGAAAAGAUAGAGCAACGGGAGAGUUUGCAGAAGGGCUGGCCAUGGGUUGAUAUUUUUGCUAAAUUGACAACCUUCAAAAGGGUUAAUGAUUGUAUCUGUUUUUGAAGCCUCAGCUCUAUAAACUUGAUAUGUAGUCGGGAAGAGCAUGAGGAUGUAGAUGUCAAUGUUAUAUGUGUGGAUGGUUGUCAAUGAUAGGUUUCCAAGUACAUAAUAUGAUUGUACGGGCUGGCCAUGGGUUGAUAAUUUUUGAUAAAUUCAUGAUCUUCAAAAGGUUUAAUGGUUGUAUUAUAUUUUGAUGCCUCCGCUCUAUAAACUUGAUAUGUGACGGAGAAGAGCAUGAGGAUGCAAAUGUAAAUAUUAUAUAUGAAUGCUAAUCAUGUAUUUUGAACUUUUCUUAUGGUAUGGUAAUUUGUGUAUGUUUCUACAAA